AUGACUUGGCCGAGAACUCGGUCAACCCGGAAACGCGCUACAUUGUGGACAUCCCUUCGACAGACAUAUGGACACAUACCACAAGGCAGCACUCUUGUAUCUGCAGGUGACUACAACUGCAAUCUGACCACCUUGAAGUCUCAUACAGGACCGGGCAUGAUUACACCGACGACGCCUUCACCGGAUAUGGAGGACCUCGUGGCGAUUGUGCAGGACUUCUCGUUGCUUGCUGUCAACACAUUCGGCAGGAAGAACAGCUACACCUACAUCCAUGAGGGGUGCAAGCCGGUACGCCGCUCCUUCAUUGACUACAUGUUUGUUAGGCAGAACAAGCACAGUGAUUACAAGUCUGGACUUCUGCGUGAUUGGCAGGUUGCGCGCUGGCGCAAAGGUGGAAGGCAUCUCCCGGUUUGGUCACGAUUUUCCAUACGACGGUUCAGGACUCAGAAACCACAGCAGAAGCUUGAAUGGCCUCGAUGGCGCUGCCGCCUUCUUUCACAGGCCAUCAAGGAGCAACCACAGUUGGCCGAGCGCUACACAGAGCAGGUUGCCGUUGCAUUGCAAGCUGUUGAUAAGUAUGAGCCCAAGAAGUUGAACGCCCUACUGCUGGAGGUUGGGAGAAAGGUCUUUCAUGUUCAGCGUCCACCCAGCUUGCCGCCGCCCUGGACUGGAGCGCAACACAUUGGCGGCAUCAAGGACAUGUGGCAACAUUAUCGACUCAUGCGCAGGUCCUUCGAGGAGGCCAAUCGUUCUCGUGUGGGGCGACUCCGUGCUAUGGUGCAGGCUUGGAAGCAUAGGGUUCGUUUCUUGAAAAUGCAUCGCAUGGUUCAGAAGCAUUCUCGACAACUACGCCGGACCAGGUUGGCACAGCUACUUCAGGAGGCGGAUGCUCACACACGCUCUGGCUGCAGUCAGGCGCUCUUUGAUCUAGUUCGGAGAGUGGCACCCAAACAAGCACGAAAACGAGCUCAGCUACGGACUAAGGAGGGCAAACUGCUUACUCCGGCUGAAGAAGCCCGUGCCCUACAGGAUUUCUGGCGAUCGGUGAAUGGCGCACCAGGGUCGCUCCUUCGUUCGGGACAGGCUUCCAGCUACAGCGUGCUGCAGCAGGACAUUGAGCAAGCCCUACGCGAUCUUCAGGCGAGCAAGGCUGCCCCGCCACACUGUGCUCCACAUGCCUUCUGGAAACUGGCCUCUUCCCCAGUUGCUGCGUUCAUGGAAGAUAAGGUUUUCUCAAGCUGGCGUGAGGAUCAAGCGUGGGUCCCAGAUGAUUGGUCGGCGGCAUGGCUGGUGUUCCUGCAUAAAGUUGGCAAGGCCAACGAUGACCCCGCAUCAUUACGGCCCAUCGCGCUGCUAGACCCAAUGGGCAAGGCAGUCAGCGGUGUCCUGAAGAGGCACCUCGAACCAUAUUUGAUAAAGGCAACUGCCACAUUGCCACUUUAUGGCUAUCUUGCGAACAGAUCCCCGCAACAGGCCCUCACGGUGGUCUAUGAGCACUGCGAUAGAGUUCGAACUGCUGCCCGAGCCCAAACUCGAUCCUGGUACGAACUGCGAGCGGGACAGAAGAGGUCAUCGUGUGCAGGGGGCCUCCAGGUCAGUGUGGAUUUUUCUCAAGCGUUUGACCGUGCAGACCGACAACUUUUGGUGCGUGCCUUGCAAUUUCUUGAAGUGCCGGAUGACUUGACCGAUGUGAUUCUCAGGUGGACCCAGAAUACGGUUUUCCACAUUCACAAGGCCGACGCGUCUGAACAGUAUCAUUCCAGUACUGGCAUCCGCCAGGGAUGCAAGUUGUCUCCUACACUGUGGUGCUGUCUGUACACCUAUGUGCUACAUGUUCUUGAUCAACAGCUUGGUGCGGAGUGGAGCUUAGCGCACCUGCUGGGAUUCGCGGGUGACACACAUCUGCGAUGGGAAUUUCAGGAUCGAGAAGGCCUGCUCAAGGCCCGUGUUGAGGCAGGACGUGCACUCAGCAUUCUUGAGGACCUCGGUUUCUGCAUUAGUCGGGAUAAAACAGUAUGCUUGCUCAAGGCGGAGGGUGUCCAAGUUCCACAUCUGAUGCGCAAAAUCACGCGCAAACGCCUGCAGCCCAAAGGCACUCUGCUGAUUCUCGAUGAGAGAUGGACGUUGCCACUCAAGCGCGACCACAUCUACUUAGGAGCUGUGAUCUCAUAUGGCAACUACGAGAUGCUCAAUGCACAACAUCGCAGACAUGCAGGACAAGCUGCCUUCUCACGCAUGCGCACUACGCUUAUGUCGCACCGUGCUCUCUCCCUUGACAAGAGGCUGCAUCUAUGGCGUACCAUUGUCCUGCCGGCCACUUUGUAUUCCUUGUCUUCUUCAGGAUACACCAGGAAAUCCUUUGAUCUCAUCCGGGUCCUGAUGGUCAGGCAGAUUCGUGCCAUUGCCCGCAGUCCGAGACACCUCACUGAGGAGAGUGAUCUGCAUCUACUACAGCGCCUACGGCUGCCUCAAAUACAUGAGAUGCUGCUUCAGGUCCACAGUCGAGUCGUUGAGGCUUCCACUUCUUUACGCCAGAUCCUUAGUCCGCAAGAUGUACGUCUCACGCAGGAUAUCGUCCAGCGUGAAUGUCGGCUCUAUGAGGCUUUCAAGCAACUGGUUGCUACGGAUGCAAAGGCUGCUGGCACGCCGAACAGGCUCACGUGUGAACAUUGCGGGCAAUCCUUUGACAAUGAUGCAGCCCUGCGGCAACACAAAGGUUGUAUGCACAGCAAAACCAGAAUGGAGGCGGCACCCACGGUGUUCGACAGGCAACAACAUGGCACUGACGGCAUGCCGCGUUGCCGUGGAUGCGGGCAUCCCUUCGCUAGGUGGGCGGACCUUCAGAAGCACAUCGAGGAGAACCACUGCCAAGGCAAAAUCCAGGAGGAAGCGCCCGCCCCUGAAGAGCGGUCCUCCGUUCUGCAGCAGGCUCGUGAUGGCACGCUACAUAUACAAUCGCUCACUCUGUCCAUGCUGACGGACGAGCUUAGGCUGGAGCUGCUCUCACAUUGUGCGUGUUGUAGACAGUGGAUGCCCAACUCCAGAUACGUCAAGAUGCACUGGAAUCGAGUGCACAAAGUUGAAUCCCAACAGUUUCAGGCUCGUACACUGCAGUGGCGUCGUCUUUCUUUUGAGCCCAUCAAAAACACCUGUCCUUGGUGUCAGGGAACCACUGCGGACCGCUCAGAUCAUCGGGACACCUGUCCGGUCCUCUUUCAGCUCAGUAUGGUUCGGGCCAUCAUCCUAUCUGCUGAUGAGGCUGAAUCUCCGGAGGCUGAGGCAAUGAUGCCGGACAUGACUCUUCCAGCAAAGGACGACAUACCAUCAUGGAACAUGGAGUGUAUGCUGUGCCGCGAGUCAUGCACUGCCAGAGGGUUGCGCAAACAUUUCGAUCAGAAGCACCAUGUGAUUUGGAAUCAGGCUCAACCUAAAGUGGACUUGCUUUGCGCAGCGCUUCAGGAAGUGUUUGGAUCCUUGGUUGCGGAGAACGGGCCACUGAUGGACUUCGGAGCGGGAUCCAACAUAGGCAAGCGCAACUCGGAGAAUCCACUGGGGCCCCUAACGAGCCGACCAGCCAAAACGGGCCGUCUCAACAACGGUCAAAAGGGCGGACGCGGCAAAGGAGGGCGACCCAUGGAAGACCUGUUGCGACUUCUAUCUUCGAUCAUCAUGCGACACGAGGACCAGCUGAAGAUUCUGAGACAAUCAACGGGUUGGGUGUUGUUCGCGAAAACAGCAUCUCCGUCCAUUGUACCGGGGAUCCUCAAGGCCUCCCUGAAGUGGAAGGACGACGUGGUCAAGCCGGACUGCAAGUUCGCCAACGUGAGCUUGCGCGCAAUCCUCUUCUGGAAUCUGAUGGAGCAGAUGUUAACGGUGCUGCAGGGUCUCACGCAGGAAACGAAGGCCAAGGCUGUGGAAGAGGGGUGGAUGAACAGUGCGGGCGCUUGGGUGUUUCAGGAGUGGUCGCACGAGAAGCACUGCCUGCAGAUCGACAGCUCCAGGAAUCCAACAACGACGGAGGAGCUCCUCAACAUCCUGCGCGAACUGAAGACGCUCGCGACCUCAGAGGUGAUCUCAGCGUUCUUUUCGAAUCGGCCGCUGACGGAGCACAUGCAAGGACACAUGGUAGUGUUCCAGCUGGAUGUGUCGUUCCGAAAAGAAGUGGCGCAUCGCUUCUACGUGCUGUUGGAAGCUCUUCAAGGACAGGCCUCCCUUCAACUGUGCGGUGUCCAACUGCGCAAAGAGGGCUUCCGGAGAUCGCCUGCGGACCCUACGCUUGAUGGCUCCUUCGGCAGUGCCGGGCUCACCUUUCUUAAGAACCUACUGCAACAUACACAACAACCCGUGUUCAUUGCAGGUCAGCUGAUGUUCAGCUUUGCUCUACGCGGAUGGAGGUCACCGGCCACCCAACACGAUUGCGCAGAGUUCUUUUCACACAUCAUUGCCCGCUUUGGCAUCACAGCGUUUGAAGGUGAGUGGGAAGCUCGUACAACAGUUGAGGACUCUCCGGGGCAGUUUCGAUGUGAGCGCUCUGACAUUGGUCGAUGCACGGAGGCGAUAUCAAUCGACCUACCUGCGGGGCGUGUGCAUGCUGCUCAGUAUCUUCUUCAUUGCUGGCACACGCAAGCUCACCCACAUGCCUUGAAGGUCGCACCGGCUCUUUUGCUGCUGCGCUUUUCUCGAUAUGUACAGGCGGGCCGAAGGAUCAGAAAACGUACCUGCAAGAUUACCUGGCCGCGACAACUUCACCUGCCACUUUUCAGGGGGAACGAUGAUCUUACAUCAGGCACGGUUGCCUACGACGUGCUGGCUGCCAUCUCACAUCAUGGUAUCAUCCUGAGUGAGGGCCAUUAUACAACUUUGCUCCAUGCGGCAGGGGGCGACCUUCAUUGCGAUGACAAUACCGCGCACAACGGAGUCCGGCCCCUUAGUGGUUGGAUGAAAGUGAACUUCUUCAGUUGGGGAUCCACAACUCCGCCAGCACAGGUCACUCCUGGGGUGAUGAGAGUGACGGUCCGAUGGUUGUGGAAUGUUUUCUCGGGGAUAUCUGCUCUCAGUGCAAAAUCAGUGGAGCUUGCUAAUGCUUAA